UGGACGAAUACGCUACCUACGGCUCACGCCUCCCUUUCUCAUCUUCAGCUCUACCUCCUCAUCAAGACCUCGCUGCAGCCUCCCGGUACUUUAUAGUGCUGUGAUCGAAACCAAGCCGAUUUGUGCAGCGCCACUUAAAGGAGCCCUCUGAAGUAAAUCGCCGCUUUACGCCGCGGUCCAGGCUCUUUGACCCACCGGCUCCUUGCAUAUCACCUCUCUGUCUGGCUAGAACAUUGUGUCCUUUGGGGGAAAAUGACUGCCAAGCAUCGGAAAGGGAAAAGCAACCACAAACAUGAAGAUAACUUUUUCAAGAAUGAAGUUAUUGAGUCGGAAGUUCGCGCUGGAGGGAAUAAUUACACUCUUCUAGUGGUUUUAUUUCUGAUUAUUGUAAUUGGAGGUGCCACGGGCGCAUGGUUCUUUUUCCAGCAGCACCAAACUUUAACCUACUUAACAGACAAUCUCGUGAGCAUGCAGAUGAAGAUAGUGAAACUACAGUCCUCCCAUGAAGAAAUGCGACAGUCAAGUAGUAAGCAGCACAGUUCAGAGAAUCUGGAGACACGCCUGAAUGCCCUGGAGGAGUCUUAUGCACUGGCCCAGAAACAGGUGGGCAUGGCCUUGGCCACAGCUGAGCAGCUCAAGACGUCUGACCUUCCCGCUCAGGUGCUGUCCCUCCACACUGAGAUGAAAGCCCGUCUGGCUGAAAUGCAGCAAGCCACCGUGUCUCUGGAGCAACUGAGCCAGCUGCAGACCAUGCUGAAGGGAAAAAGCGAGGAGUUUGAGGGUGUCAGGGUUCAGGUGGCCGAUCUGGCCACACUGAGUUCAGAACUAUCGCAGAAGGUUGAGGUCUUAGCAGAAAGCCUGGGAGAAGCAGAGUCCAAGCUGGAGGAGAGAUUUGGGCAGGUCGUCUCACUGAGCAGCACCCUGGAUGGACAGGCUGCUGAAGUGCUGAGACUGAAGGAGCAACUGGACACCUAUCAAGCUCAGCUGGAGGCCAGCACAGUGGAGAUGGCUACAGUCAGAGAGUUGCUUGAGAAUGGGCAGUCCCAGCAGCUACAGCAGGCCAGUAUGGAGGAGCAGCUCAAUACGGUGGUGGGUGAGGUGCAACCUCCUGCUGAGCCUGUGGAACAGACAGUUGAAGAAAUGGCUCCCACAGCUCCAGAAGAGGCAGCUGCAGCAACUGAAGAAGAAGAAGAAGCUGAAGCUCAAGAAGAGGCAGCAGCAGCUGAAGAAGCAGAAGAAGCAAUUGCUAUAGAUGUAGAAAAAGAGGCAGAUGAGCAAGGAGAGACAGCUGCACAAGAUGAAGCGCCUGUUGAGCAGGAGGUCCCUGUGGCAGAAGAAACUGCUCCUGCAGAGGAGCUGGAGGCAGUGAAGGAGGAGGAGAAGGCGGAGGAGACAGAGCAAGAUGACUCGGUUACCUUGUCAGAAAAGGAGGAAGUGGAGACUAUGCAGACAGAAGAGGAGGAACAAAACAUAGAGGAGGAGAUGCCUGAAGAGGAGAACCAGAAAGCAGAAGAAGAGGAGGAAUUUGAACAAGAGGAAGUUCAGGAGGAGUCACCGGUCCGGGAGGAGAACCACAAAGCAGAAGAUGAGGAGGUAUCAGAAGGAGACGAGGCAGUAGAGGAGGAAAACCACAAAGCAGAAGAGGAGACAGCAUCUGAAGGAGAGAAGGGAUCGGAGGAGUCGCUGCUAGAGGAGGAGGAGAAACUUAAUGUAGGGGAGGAAGUAGCAGAAGAGGAGGAGGAACACCAGGAUGUGGCAGCUGAAGAGGAGGAAGAUGAGGGAGAAGAUCCAUUAGAAAAUGAUGCUUUACCAGAGGACGAAUAGGGUUUUUUUCCCACCGGACAUAGCCAACCAAGGAGGAAGGGAACUUUCUCGGUCUAAAGUCGCUGUCCACAAUACUGUAGGGCGGCAUUAUUGAUUGCUGUUGUUUAGGUGCAGUGUUCGUUAUGUGGUUGCUCUUUGAAAGGCAGAACUAAUCAGCCACUAUGCUUGAGCUGGAGCUGAAACGUGUAUGUCGAAAUAUGAGAUGGCUGUUAAGUUUGGAAAUUAGAAAUUCAGGAUUUACCUGCUAAUAACAACCUCAAAAGCCUUAAUCCAUAAAAGAAUGACUGUCUUUCUACAGAGCAUUUUCCACUCUUCACAACUUGCACUUUUGUUUUUUUGGUAAAGGUUAGGUUCUGUACUAAACUGGAAAACUAAAAGCCAAUGACAUAACAAGAAGCCAAUGCAUACACUGUUUAUCAGUGCACUUAAAGCCAUAAGUAAUGCCUGUCUUGGUGACAUUAAAACAUGUUUCUCGUUGUCACUGCCUGAAAUAUGUAUCAUGAGACAAUAUUUUACUAGAUGAAAUAGAUGUAGAGUGCACGUUUUUGUAUCCCUGUUGUUUACACAGGCAAAACAGCCAAGUAAAAAGUGAGCAAAAAAGAAAAAAAAAGCUUCUUUGAUAAGAUAACAAGAACAAUUCCUGAAUGUUUUUACAGUAUAGGACAAACUGUAGUUGAUAGAUUUUUUUUUGUACUUUAUAAAAUACAUAUUUGUGGUUCAGUACUUAAAAAUGGAAGGUAUUCUUAAUAUAGUUUAGCCUGUUGUCUUUUUUGCACUUUGUAAACUGAUUAUACUUCCAGCCAGGCAGAACACACACCUCUAGUAUUGUAAGGUACAGUGGGGUUUAAAAGCUUGAGCCCUCUACCAAGAACUGGCUUCAUCAACGACAUUCUAUUGCCCUGACCUUUUUUUAUUAAAAAGCGUGUUAUUUAGAUAAUUUAGACCAUUUAGAGCUGUUGUGGGUCUUUUAGAAACAAUUCCUGAUAUUCUAUGCAUUAACUUUGGAAAAAAAAACACUUGCUUGUAACAAUCAGAAGAGCUUAGAGAAGCACCUCAGGGACAAAUUGUUUUCAAGAUGGAUGGAAAAGUAUCAUAGCGUUUAAA